GCGGCUUUUUCGGGCAGCCGGGGCGCAUCCGAUCCCUUGAUCGUCGUCGCUCUUAAAUCAACAACAUUCCUUCUGCUGUAAACGUGUUGCUGGCUCUCUACUGCUGGCAGACUUGGCAGACUAUAGUGCUAGCUCUCACUGGAGGCUCCCUGUUGUUGAUCGCCAAGCAGAUAUGGCAAAGUACAGUGCCAACACUCCCUGGCGCCUUGCAACUGCUGACCCCCAAGAUAUGGCACCCCAUACUGCUGAUCUGCCAGCUGUAGCAUUCUCUGCAGCUGACUGCCCAAACAUGGCGUUUCUUGCUGAUCACCGACAGUACAUGGCAUGCCAUCCUGGUAACUGCCCAGCCAUGGCAUUUCCUGCUGUUGACUGCCCAACCAUGGUGUCACCAGUUGCUGACCUCCCACCCAUGGCGUUCCCGAAUGCUGACCGCUCUGCUAUUGACUACCCAAACAGAGCAUACCUUGCUGCUGGCCAACGAGGAAUGGAAUUUCCUGUUUCUCACCAACAAGGCAUGGUUUUCUCUGCUAACCAACAAAACAUUUCCUUCCCUACUGCCGACGGACAAGACAUUUCGUUCCGAGCCGCCGACCGACGAGACAUGGCGCUCGGUGCCGCCGACCGACCAGACAUGGCGCUCGGAGCCGCCGACCGCCCAGACAUGGCGCUCGGAGCCGCCGACCGCCCAGACAUGGCGCUCGGAGCCGCCGACCGCCCAGACAUGGCGCUCGGAGCCGCCGACCGCCCAGACAUGGCGCUCGGAGCCGCCGACCGCCCAGACAUGGCGCUCGGAGCCGCCGACCGCCCAGACAUGGCGCUCGGAGCCGCCGACCGCCCAGACAUGGCGCUCGGAGCCGCCGACCGCCCAGACAUGGCGCUCGGAGCCGCCGACCGACCAGACAUGGCGCUCGGUGCCGCCGACCGCCCAGACAUGGCGCUCGGAGCCGCCGACCGACCAGACAUGGCCCUCCGUGCCCCCGACCGACCAGACCUGGCGCUCGGAGCCGCCGACCGACCAGACCUGGCCCUCCGUGCCCCCGACCGACCAGACCUGGCGCUCGGAGCCGCCGACCGACCAGACCUGGCCCUCCGUGCCCCCGACCGACCAGACCUGGCCCUCCGUGCCCCCGACCGACCAGACCUGGCCCUCCGUGCCCCCGACCGACCAGACCUGGCCCUCCGUGCCCCCGACCGACCAGACCUGGCCCUCCGUGCCCCCGACCGACCAGACCUGGCCCUCCGUGCCCCCGACCGACCAGACCUGGCCCUCCGUGCCCCCGACCGACCAGACCUGGCCCUCCGUGCCCCCGACCGACCAGACCUGGCCCUCCGUGCCCCCGACCGACCAGACCUGGCCCUCCGUGCCCCCGACCGACCAGACCUGGCCCUCCGUGCCCCCGACCGACCAGACCUGGCCCUCCGUGCCCCCGACCGACCAGACCUGGCCCUCCGUGCCCCCGACCGACCAGACCUGGCCCUCCGUGCCCCCGACCGACCAGACCUGGCCCUCCGUGCCCCCGACCGACCAGACCUGGCCCUCCGUGCCCCCGACCGACCAGACCUGGCCCUCCGUGCCCCCGACCGACCAGACCUGGCCCUCCGUGCCCCCGACCGACCAGACCUGGCCCUCCGUGCCCCCGACCGACCAGACCUGGCCCUCCGUGCCCCCGACCGACCAGACCUGGCCCUCCGUGCCCCCGACCGACCAGACCUGGCCCUCCGUGCCCCCGACCGACCAGACCUGGCCCUCCGUGCCCCCGACCGACCAGACCUGGCCCUCCGUGCCCCCGACCGACCAGACCUGGCCCUCCGUGCCCCCGACCGACCAGACCUGGCCCUCCGUGCCCCCGACCGACCAGACCUGGCCCUCCGUGCCCCCGACCGACCAGACCUGGCCCUCCGUGCCCCCGACCGACCAGACCUGGCCCUCCGUGCCCCCGACCGACCAGACCUGGCAGGGUAUAUUGCCAGUAUUCCCCGAAGGCUUCCUGCUUCUGACCACACAGAUAUGGCAUCCUAUCCUGCUGACUGCACAGGGUUGUGUGCCAACACUUCCUGGAGGUUUCUUCCUGCUGACAGGCCUAACAUUACUCUCCCUGCUGCUGACCGCCCAGACAUGGCAACGAAUAGAGCCUGCAAUCCUUGGAGAUAUCGGCCAUUUCCCUUCUCCUCUAAUGAUUUCUGCCAACCAAACAAAAUAUUGAAACUGACAGCUGUACCAUAUAUAUUUACCUGUCCCCAAACCGAUACAGAAUUCACAGAACUCGAUGAAGCUGAAAUAGGGAACACUCAUCAGAGUGAACUAGCUUAUCAUUGUGACAGUACAAGAACUGUAUCUGAUGUACUAAGUAAAUCUAAAUAUUUGGAGAAAGGAUGCUCAAGAGAGAGAUCAACGAGUCAAAUAAACAUCACAAAUAAUGCAAAAUUACAAGAACCUUCCAUAAUAGGAAUUUUGAAGAAAGACUGGGCUUCAUCUGGAGAGAAUAUACAGCAAGAUGAACUCUACCCAAUUCUGGUUACAGGGGAAUGAAGUUUAUAAUAUGAAGGCUGCAAGCUGUAUGAGCUCUGCAGUGCAAUCCACUGAACAGAACACCACCAGAACACGGCUGUAGAGAACUGAUAACAGUAACCAAGAUGAUCUAGUGAAAGGAGGCGCUGCCAGAAGCAAACUUAUGAAACGGGUAAGAAUUUUUGAAGGUGUCUUGUGAAAAAUGUCUUGUUACCAUUAUUGUAAUGUAAUAUUUCUACUAGUUGAGAAUAGUCACUAUAGUAAUAAAAAUAUUCUCUAUAGUAAUAGUUUUUAGUAGUAAAUUGAACAUUACUGUAUAUAUGCAAAAAUUCAUAUUCUGUGACCUAUAAGUAAGAACUUAUACUAAUACAGUAUAUUGGUAAAGAUUACAAGUUGAAAACAGUCACAAUUUGGAAGAGUUUUUAAUGGUCAUUAUAUAAUUGUUUACACAGCAAUUCACAGAAUUCUCUCUUUCAGUAAGAACCUGUAUGUAAUAUUGAUCAAGAUAACCUGAAAAUGUCAUUAACACAAUUAGUAUUAAUGCUCAAUAAAUGUACAAUAUUUAUUGAAAAGUAAAAAUUAUUCUUUAUUAAAUUUGGUUUAUGGAAUAUAUCUAACAAUGAUUUGUUCUUGUUAAUUUACUUUUUCCAAAUUAAGUUUUGUCCUAUUAGCCAUCUGUGUUAUUACUUUCCUAUAAUUCACCGAUAGCCUUAAUAUAUGCCAUUUAGCGCUCUCGCCUUUCAAGUUUCUUGCAGGUGCUGCAAGUUCAUUAAUAAACCAGCAUUGAAUGUAAUGAAAUGCCUCUCUCUGGGGGUGGCUCCCUGAUGCUUCAGUUGAACCACAGGGGGAAUCUUCCCCCAGAAAAAUGGAUUUUAUUGCCAGUACUGUACUGUUUAAAUUUGUUAAUACAACACAAAGGGGUUACUUUGAUCUUCAGUUGGCCAGACCUCCAUGCAGUACACUUUUUUGGAGUUUUAAUGAUCCCAAACCUCUUGUAUAAAGAUUGGAGUAAAUAUAUUUUGCUUUGGUAUUCCUUGUUAUUUAGCAGAUGACGAGUCAAUAACAUGACUGAAGAUAUGAUGACUAAACCACACACCAGAAGAUGAGGAGACAAUGACUUUUUGGUCUGUCUUGGACCAUUAUCAAGUCUAAGUAAUGUUCAUUAUCAUUAAUGUUCAUCGGAGAGGAUGAGGUUCAUUUUUCCUCGGAAAGAUUCAAGGCAACUACAGAAGCACCAUAUUGUCCCCCGAGCUCAAAAUGGUAGCUAAGAGCCUUUGUGAGAAUAAGGAAGUAGUUGUCAGGAGAGGUGACAAGUUGCCAAUACAGUAUACGUUAUUCUUAAAGACGAACAUCUGGCAAAAAUGAACCUCCGCCUCUCUCAUCAAACUAAAUUCCAAAGGUAACGAGGGACACUAAAGCUGAAUUUAAAAUGAAGGUAAACUGACUGAUUGAAACUGUGAAUGCUAAGAAAUCUGAACUCCACCUGCCAAAGGUUAUCGGGGAAUAAAAACCUGGUUACGCAUGUGGGAAUGUAAAGACCCACAAGCUUGGAAACCCACUUCGGCUAAUCAUCAGCCAGAUACCCACAUCCACAUACAGACAGGCUAAGCGACUCAACUGCCUGCUGACACCUUAUGUGCCUUGUACUUUUAGCCUGAAGUCUCCAAAAGAAUUCGUUGACUUACUGCGGGAAGCACGGGCCACAGGGAUAAGAGCCUCUCUGGAUGUGGAGUCUCUGUUUGCCAACGUGCCUGUAGACGAAACGAUCAGGAUGAUGAUGGACAGUGUGAAUCGUAACCUGGCUUGUACCCCUUUGGACAUACCAGAAAGCAUACUGAGGAAGUUACUCAACGCCUGAACUAAAGAGGGACCCUUCUUGAGUACCGAUGAAGGCACCACCAGUCUCCUUGGUGUAGUGGUAAGACACUCACCUGGCGUCCCGCGAAGGCCUCGUCAUGGGUUCGUAUCCUGGCCGGGGAGGAUUUACUGGGCGCAAAUCCUUAACUGUAGCCACUGUUUAACUCAAAAGUAAAAUGUGUGCCUGGUUGUAAAAACGAUUCUUUGUGGGGGGUCGUAUUCCAGGGACUUGCCUGAAACACUACGCAUACUAGUGGCUGUACAAG